AUGCGAUUGUCAUCUCGUAGAAUCAGAGACUUUGCUUGGGUUAUGAAUAGCAUUAUUGGAUGGCAUUCUAACAUUGGGCGAUGGGCUCGUCUCGAGGGUGUCUCUGUACUUGGUGAUGACGUAUCCAUCAAUGACGAAAUUUACGUAAAUGGAGGUCGUAUUCUACCUCACAAAUGCAUCACUUCAAACGUAACUGAACCUCAAAUAAUCAU